GCUUGGUGCCAUGGCUCCAGGAUGGAGGGGUUCCAGUCCACGUUUCAACCGUACAAUGUCUGCGCUCCCCCAGCCCAGGACAGCAGCUGGGGAAAGAGAGAUGGCCGCUGCAUGAUUCCCCAGGGCCUCAAUUACCUGGAGCUCUGCAAGGCCAUCCUGGCCCAGGUCGACUCCGGUUUACCCACUCUACUCAAGAAAGCAAUCACCAAAGAGUGCGGUGUGCAAGUAAACGCCAAAGUGGAUAAAAUGGUGCAGUGCUCGCUGGGUCCCAAGACGCUGUUCUGCUCGGAGGGCGAACACUCCUUGUCCUCAAAGUCCCCCAAGAGCCCGGAGCUGGUCAAAGCGGACUGGAAGGCACCGUACAGCACGCCACCAUUGAGCAACCUGCGCUUCCUGAGGCCCGUUUCCAUCUAUUCGCCAGUGUUUGACCGCAGGCUCUUCAUGAAGAAACUCUGCAGUGAAGAAGAAACCGGCAAACGGGUUGAGUCUGAGCAGGAUGAUGAGACUGAUCACACCGACCAGGAGGACACAGUGAAGGACUUCAAGACAACAACUUUCCACAGGUCUUCAAAGGGGUCCAACUUUCAGUUCCUGGAGCAGAGGUAUGGCUUUUUCCACUGCAAAAAGUGCAACAUCCGGUGGGAGAGUGCUUAUGUGUGGUGCAUCUCUGGAACCAGUAAGGUGUACUACAAGCAGCUCUGCCGGAAGUGUCAGGUGGGGUUUAACCCCUACAGAGUGGAGUCCAUCCUCUGCAAGGGCUGCUCUCAGACUUGCUGCAGCUGCGAGAAGAAGCAGAGGCACAUUAACAUGAAGAGGCCUCACCGUCAGGACCUGUGCUGUCGCUGCAAGGGCAUGAGGUUAUCCUGUGACUCCACUUACAGCUUCAAAUACAUUGUCUGAGCUGCACUGCAUGUUUGUUUGGUCUGGAAUCUCCAUUACUCUGCAGAGAUCUAGUACCUGUACAUGGCACAAAUUGAAGUUUCCUCCAGUAAUAGACUUUAAGAGAUUCAUAUAUUCUCCUACCAGCAAGUAGAUUAUCUCUGUCUUUGUUUGUUUAAUAAAAAAAGAGAACUUAAUUGA